UUGGGCUCACUUCACUCCUGGUCUUGGAGGAGAGAAGAGGAGGAAGUUGGGCUCACUUCACUCCUGGUCUUGGAGGAGAGAAGAGGAGGAAGUUGGGCUCACUUCACUCCUGGUCUUGGAGGAGUGCAAGAUCUCUCUGGAAGAAGAAGGGCACAGGAGGCCUGGCUGAAGCUCCCUGGAGAAUGGAGAGGUCCGUCUGGCUACGGGCACUAGUGCUUGCAUCCAUGGUCUGUGGUGGGAAAACCCUGUUGGAUCUCACUGGCAUGCAGGAAACUGAAGGGACCUGGAAAGCAUCCGUUAAUUUGCCAUGUGUGUAUGAACCUUCUGCAGACUUCAGGCAGGAAGUGGUGUCAUGGAAAAUCUCUCUGCCGGAUCAUAGCAUUAGAACCAUCUUUCGCCGGGAUCCUAACUCUGGGGAUCAGACGCUCUUGACGCGUUUCAAAAACAGAAUUUAUGUUCCAAAAGACCGACCAGGAGAUGUUUCCCUCCUAAUUGAGGAUCUGGAGAUAGCCGAUCGUGGACAGUACACCUGUGAAGUUGUCUGGGUGGCAAGAAAUAAGAGCAGGAGAACAAAAGAGAGGAUAAUUACUCUCAGUGUUGUCAAAGUUGCAGUGACCAAGCCGGUCAUCACAGCCAGGGGCGUGGCGCCCAUCCUGCCCAGAGGGAAGAACAUCAGCCUGACCUGCCAAGCCAAUGGCUCUCCACCCAUCACAUACCGAUGGUUCAAGGCAGGGCAACAAGGAGAUGCAGAGCGAGUGGGUGAGACUGCCGUGCUCCACUUUGACGGUCUGCAGGUAUCCGAUACAGGGACAUACUACUGUGAAGUACGGAACCAAGUCAGUCCAGCCGCACAGCAGAGCAGUGCCUUCCAGCUAACUGUGAAAGAUCCAUCUGAAGUCCCUACUCUGAGACCGAGCUUUGGGACUGUCGGCACCACCAUUGCUGAAACAGGAACAAUGACAGCAAAGUGGAAGGGCAGGGCAAGAACCAAAGCCGACCCUGUCAGCCCCACAAGGACCACCUCUACGAAAGAUCUGGUUGCCACUUCACUAGCGCCUUGGGAGGAUGGGAGGAUUUCAGAGCACCAGGCUGGCAAUUCAGCUCCUCGGAGGACAGCCCUGCCACUCUACGUCAUUGUCCUGAUUGCUGUGCUCUGCGCCAUGGUACUUCUUGCAGUCUUCACUGUCAUCUUCUGCAGAAAGAAGCACAAGGCUGAUCACACCUAUGAAGUGACCUACAAUAAUCGUGUGACUGUUGCAAGGGAAGACACCAGCCCUGCAGCUGCCGGAGCAUGCGGGGGUGAAUCUGGGCAAGGCCUCCUGAGGGCCAAUAACGACUACACCAUGGAACCCACCAAGAUCGCCGACUAUGUGCCAAUGAACACCAAGAUGGACAAUGAGUACGAGACCCUUGUGCACAAGAUGGAGUCUGAGUAUGAAGUGACGGAUGGUGUGGUCACAUGGAGGCCAAGCCAAUGAUGACACUUUGAGCUUUCAGCAAGAGGAGAAAUGCCUCUUUUGCUGCCCUUCUCUCCGGGGCAUCUAUUCACUUGUCCUACUUGUGGCUCACCCUCAAACUCUAUUAGAGCGGGUUCCAUGCAUCUGUCCAGGCACAUGAAGCCAAAUCAGCCCCUGUCUGCCUUAACAAUGGAUUAUCUAUGAGUACCUGGAAGAUGAGAACCUAGUGCCCAGAUGUAGCCCGACACCAUACAGGCACAGAAGCAGGCUUCUGCACAUGUGCCCACAGUCGGAUGAGGAACGUGAGCAUGAUGCACCAGCUCAACCCACUAAGCCAGAGCUGCGCAUCCACAUCCCUAGUCACAACGAUGCCAAUCAUUCGUUUGGGAUGGGGGAGCGAUGCCAAGUGGAGGUAUAGUCAAUGGGCUUAGAAGUGCCAGCUCUGUUUAGGACUGCAUGGAUAGUCUCCUCGGUUUCCUUGUUCCUCCUGGAGAGCUGAUUGGUGCUUACGGCAGGCAUCUGACUGGGGCUGCUGUUACCUAUAAGGCUGCCCCCUUCCCAGGCCCCCUGCAUCUAUUGUCCCAAGGAUUUUAGGGCGCAUGCUAGCUGAAGACCCAGAGCCGCCUUCACAGUGCAGCCUUUGCCAGUAAGUCCAUUGCAGGCCCAAGGAAGGCCAUCAAGCCACUGCCAGUCAGUCUUCCCACAUGCUGUCCCCUGUUGACUUCCCUGGCAUGACCAUAUUUGGAUUUGCACUCACCCCUAGAGUACCUUCACAAGUAUUCAAACCCACCAAUAGGAAGCUAGGUGGGUUCACUUUUGCUCCAAUGCCAUUGCAGAUCUUAACUUCUGCACUAAAUUUGGCUAAUGGUAGGGAGCCCAGGUACACAAGAAGUCUCUCUACGCAUUGCUAAGUACCUAGGGAUGCUCAAGUGAACCACAUUUCGUGUGUCCCUGCUCUAACUUUCCAUGCACUCUCUUGCACAGUCACACUUCAGUUUGUUCCCCAUGAGUAGAUUCAUGCGUUUCAUACCAGUUCCUCCUCAAUUGCUAAAAGUAUCCCAGUUUCCCCCACUUCCAUUCAUUGAAAUGCAAAUCUUGACACUUUCUCACACCUUAGAGAAAUGCAGAUUGGCAAUUCAAAGGAGUCCACAGUACUUGUUCUCUCAGCAAAAACAGAGCAGAAUUGGUUCUUUGCCCUCCGGAAUCACUUGCAGAUGCAGACGCAUAAAGGGAGCUCCAUGAAAGCGACAUUCACGUGCACAGAGCAAGAACAGCCUGCACGUGAAUCGAGAACGACACAUACAGUUCUGCACUUGAGCUUCCCUAGGUGCUUAGUAACAUGUAGAGAGACUCAAGAAGGGCAGCUCAAGCCUUCUGAACCUUGUAGCUGGUGCUGUACCUGGCCAGGCCCUCUGCCAUUGCUGAAACCACAGGAUCCACCUCCCCCCCCCCUACUGUUAGUUCUGUUCCCAGGCCAUCUUCAGAACCAUUGACUCGACAGACCUUUUGUGUACUGGACAGAAAACGAUGUUUUUAUUUCCUCCCCUUUACCCGCCCCCCAGGUUUCAGCGUCCUCAUUCCCAAUUCCAGGCCAGCCAACCUCACUGGUAGCUGGUCUUUUCCAUAAUUGCUUUCAGUUGGGCACUUAGUUACAGCAACGCAAAUUAGGAUUGUUCAACCACAGACGUUUUUUAUUGGAUUUUCCUAUGCAAACUGCUGGGGUGCUCUGCAAGAGCGCUGCCUGGUGUUGUCUUCCUGAUUUCCCAUUCCUAGUCCUGUCUCUUGGACAGGGCAAUAAAGUUACUCCUUGGUUAAGUGCUUGUCUCCUUUCCAUCUUCUCCUCUUGAGGGUUUAUUGUGCCAGAUUUGGGCUCAUGUAUUCACCAGACUUCAAAGGUCCCCUUCUUGCGCCUGAACACUUUUUAGGGUUUUAGGGUUUUCAUGUGUGCGGGAUUCUCUCCACAAAACAGGCCUGACACAGGGGUGGGUGUGGGUAACAGUAUGUAGGUAUAGCUGUCAUUGCUAAACACAUCUGGAUUGGGGCCAAAGUAUACAAGACAGAGGAUUGAGUGAAACAAAGGAAAGUUCUGAAUUGCAAUUAAUAUACUUACCAUGCGACUUUGAAUUCUGUGACCUUUAUAAAUUGAGAAAACGUCAUAUACUUUCUUUUCUUAUGAUCAGGGCUUUUUUUCUGGGAAAAGAG